AUGUACUCGCAGCUGGUUCUUUUCGCGCUUAUAUUAGUCAGCGGUGCAAGUGUGAUUUCAAGUUACGGGUGUGGGAGAGAAGAUCAUCAGAAAUGUAUCACGUUAGCAGAUCCAUUGCUAAAAGAUCCUCAUCUUAUCUUCCCUGAUAAUAUGGAAGACAUUGAUUUAGUUUGCAGAUCAUGGGCAGGUUUUGUCGACUGCAUAAAGCGAUAUAUCGACCGUUGUUUCUCUAAGCAAAGAAGAGAUCAAUUUAAUGCAGCGGUCGAAGCUCCUAUUUCUUCAGUUCAUCAAAUGUGCUCUGUGUCAACUUAUCAAGCUGAGUAUCUUCAACAUGCUAGUUGCUUAAAAGCAACAGUAACAGAGCCGCAACAUUGUGGAAACGAAUAUAGUGCCCUGGUGAACGAAGUUUCGCGUGGAGAAAUGGCACGUGCUAAUCUCUGCUGUUCCAUCGACGAAAGCUCCAGCAUCUCCAGCAGCCGAGGUGUCAGUCGUCGUCCAUAUCACCGUACAUUAUCUCCUGAUAGUUAUUCUGGUCAAGCAAGCAGUUUCCACGGAGCAAGUACUAGUGCAAUGAAUGGUCCGACUCCAUACAGGAGCACUGGAAGAUCUCUGAAUGUUCUGCCAAGUAAAACAAUCUUUUAUUCCAAUAGAAUUAAAAAAAAAUAUAUAUAUAUAUAUAUAUACAUAUAUGCGAACCUAAAAUAGCCGAGCUUAUUGAUUCCUAUCAUAAGUAUUUAUACAGUGAUUUAUCACUUUGUAGAGAAUGAAGAGUUUGACAGUCGCCCUGCGCCGACGAUCGUCGCCGCUGAAACUCAGCGGCAGUCGACUACAGAAUCUCCAAGUCCCAGUUCGGAAUCCGCGACACCUAAGAGUACUGCCAGCUCAGCCACAGAGCCUGAAACUAAAUCGACUGAAGAGAAGAAAGAGUCUUCUACAAUUGCCCAUAGUAUUGAAGAACCGGCUGUCGUUGUUACUCAGCGGUCACAAAAUUAUGGAAGAGGUAUUUCUUGGACUACACCUACUCCAAAAGUCACUACGGAAAUUCCAGCUUGGGCUACUAGUUCUUGGGUAACUUCUAAAGAUGAAUCAGUAACUGAAUCAUGGUACCCAGACGCUGGGAGUUUUGGCGGAAACAAUCUCGAUGAACCAAACCAGCAAGGUCUGAGAAAUGGACAAUCUCGGUUAAAAAUGAAUUUAUGUCUAACAGUUAUUUUAAUUUUCGCGAUUUAUUCAAUGUAA